AUGCAGUGCCGCGUACAGACAGGUUCGUUCCGCUGGGUCCCGUGGGGCGGCGCCCGCCCUCUCGGCCAUUGCCCUGCUGUGGUGCCUUGGAAGGCUGUCCCCGUCUGCGUCCUGCGAAGCGACCCAGUCCAGCUGGUGCGGCAGGCCGAGCAGGCGGCGGACUCCACGCUGAUGGGCCCUGACAGGGCGCCGCCCGGCAUGGGUUUCCCUGUCCUCGGGUCAGGCUUCCAUGAGGCCCUGGGUCACGGUGCCGCGCCCACACCCGAGCCCGUGUGUGAAGACCAGCCAGUGUGGAAGGGGCCCAACGUAUCCAAUUCGCCACCAGGUGGCGAUUUGUUCUCCAGAAGAAUGUGCCAUUUUGGGGACUCGGCGUUUGGUCUCUGUGGCCGGCGGGUCGGACGUUCAGAGGAGGCGGUAGCCAGGUCGUCCCGGGCAGCACGGGCCGGCCACGAGAGGCCACGGAACAGUGGGCCCCCUGGGGCGAAGGUCCGGGGUCUCCUGCUGCACAGCCAGCUCCGAGGAAGGGCGCUAACGCAGCCGCGGCAGCUGCUGCCUUGGCUGCGCCCUAAGCGCAGUGACCUCGCCUGUCCCUGCAGCGGUCCCCACAAUCGUCCCGACUCCCGACGAGGGCCCGCCAGGGUCGCCGGGGAGCCCGGCGGCGCAGGUACCGGCUCCUGUGCGCGCGGGCCGGCUGGCAGCAGGCGCGCCCCCCGCCCCGGCGCCCGCCUGCUCGGGCCGGGCUCUCCGCCAGCCGCCGAGCGCUCCUGGCUGGGGCUCCGGCGGCCCGGCGGGCACGCGGCGCUGUCCGUGGUGCUGGAUUGGGCCUUCUGCAUCCCACUAUAUGUGCCCUAUGUGCUGACUGGCCGCUGGCCCUUUAGCCGUGGUCUCUGCAAGCUGUGGCUGGUGGUGGACUACCUACUCUGCACCUCGUCCGUUUUCAACAUCGUGCUCAUCAGCUAUGACCGCUUCCUGUCAGUCACCCGCGCUGUCUCCUACCGGGCCCAGCAGGGCGACACGCGGCGGGCGGUGCAGAAGAUGGUGAUGGUGUGGGUGCUGGCCUUCCUCCUGUACGGGCCGGCCAUCCUGAGCUGGGAGUACCUGUCCGGCGGCAGCUCCAUCCCGGAGGGCCACUGCUACGCCGAGUUCUUCUACAACUGGUACUUCCUCAUCACGGCCUCCACACUCGAGUUCUUCACGCCCUUCCUCAGCGUCACCUUCUUCAACCUCAGCAUCUACCUGAACAUCCAGAGGCGCACCCGCGUCCGGCUGGACGGGGCGCGUGACCCCGAGCCCCCGCCCGAGGCCCAGCCCUCCCCGCCGCCCGCCGCGCCCGGCUGCUGGGGCUGCCGGCAGAAGGGGCGCGGGGAGGCCGUGCCGCUGCACAGGUACGGGGUCGGGGUGGGCGAGGCGGCCCCGGGCGCCGAGGCGGGGGAGGCGGCCCUCGCGGGCGGCAGCGGCGGGGGCGCCGCGGCCUCGCCCACCUCCAGCUCCGGCAGCUCCUCGCGGGGCACCGAGCGGCCUCGCUCGCUCAAGCGGGGCUCCAAGCCCUCGGCGUCCUCCGCGUCGCUGGAGAAGCGCAUGAAGAUGGCGUCCCAGAGCAUCACCCAGCGCUUCCGGCUGUCUCGGGACAAGAAGGUGGCCAAGUCGCUGGCCGUCAUCGUGAGCAUCUUCGGGCUCUGCUGGGCCCCGUACACACUCUUGAUGAUCAUCCGGGCCGCCUGCCACGGCCACUGCGUCCCUGAAUACUGGUACGAGACGUCCUUCUGGCUGCUGUGGGCCAACUCAGCCGUCAACCCCGUCCUGUACCCGCUGUGCCACUACAGUUUCCGCCGAGCCUUCACCAAGCUGCUCUGCCCCCAGAAGCUCAAGAUCCAGCCGCACAGCUCCCUGGAGCACUGCUGGAAGAAGACGAAGAAGAAAACACGUCCGUGAACUCCAUGUUCCUUGGCUGUUUAAUCAAGAGAGACAAAAUUGCUGAGGAGCUCAGGGCUGGAUUGGCAGGUGUGGGCUCCCACGCCCUCCUUCCUCGCGCUGCUGCUUCCGGCUGAGCUGCGCCAGCUGCUUCUGCCCACCCCGCCCCCGGGCUCGGGGUGCUGGGCCCUGCCUGGCGGCUCCGAGCGCGGCCGGGGCCCCGGACGCCUGCUCGUCGGGAAGGCCGCCUCUCUUGCUUCAUCCGCUCCGGCUGAGGGGCGGGAGGGGGCCCCCGGGGCUCGCAGGGGCAGCCCCAGGACACCGGGGCCGUCGGCCACGUCCCGUGCACCCCGUCGGCGCUGUGCAUGCCCCGCUCCCCGCCUGCCCGCUGCCCUGCAGACUUCGAGGU